AGUUGUUGACCACAUCCAGUGUAACUAAGUCCCUACAUUUCCUUCAGUGAGUGUUUAUGUACAUCUCCAUAGCAACAUGUCUGCUCCUGGUGCAAUCAUUGCUGCAGUCAGCUGGGGCUUAGAAGGAGCUCCUGAGGAGAAAUGGGAAGUUCUGCUCACUGACCCCCUCCCCCCCUCAAUGUUCUGUCAGUUCAAUAGGGAUUCAAAUCAACUGCAAGUCUCAGGAUUCUUCCGCCUGCUUCUCCUGAACAGCUCUGAUUUUGAAAGCAACAAUGUCACCAGAGACGGACAACGUCACGACUGUCAAUUUUAACAGUAAGCAGCUAAAUGAAAUUCCUGCCGAUAUUUUUGAAUGCCCAACCUUAAAGACUCUUCAGUUGGACAACAAUCUGAUCCAACACGUGCCUCAAAAUGUGAAGCUUCUCCUUCAUCUUGAGAAAUUAUCCAUUGAAGGAAACAGGUUGCAAUGUCUGCCUUCUGAACUAGGACAUCUAUCACAACUACAGGCCUUAAACAUAAACCGUAACCAAAUUACAUCUCUCCCAGACGACAUUUCAAACCUCCAACACAUCAGACAACUAUUUGCCAACAAUAACCAUCUCUCACAACUACCUACAUGUAUUGGAGACCUUGCAACCCUUCAGAUCUUAGGACUUAGCGGGAAUUCCCUAAAAACGUUGCCCGAGUCAUUUGUCAAUCUUAGAAACUUACAUGUGCUAAAUUUAGAUGGCAACCGGAUGUCUAGCUUGCCCAAGCCCAUCUUCAGGCUCCUGCAGUUGGUCAAGCUCUGUUUAGGUGGAAACCAGAUCAAAAGUUUGCCAAAAGAAAUUGGUGACCUGAAAGCCCUUCGAGAACUGUCACUGAGUAAUAACCAGCUCACCUUUUUGCCUGUCCAACUUUACAAAUUGACCAACUUGGAAGAACUUAUCCUUGAUAACAACCGUAUAACCAGAUUAUCGGACAAAAUCGAGCAACUGCAACAUCUCAAAGUUUUUUCUAUUUCUAAUAAUUUGCUUCAGUCCAUUACGGAGAGCAUCUGCAACUGUCAUAGUUUAGAAAAUUUAAAUUUAAGUGGCAACCAUAUGUGUGCUCUUCCGGGAAAUAUUUACAGGCUAAAGAACCUAAAGGAACUUCAGGUCGACCGAAACGCAUUGGCGGUUUUACCAGAGCAACUUUCUCACCUUAAAAGUCUUUCGUCGAUUUCCUGGGCUGAAAAUCAGCUUAUUUACGUUCCAAUCGAAUUGAAAAAUUGUUUGCAAAUCAGCCAGCUGGAUCUGAGUGGUAACAAGCUGACGGAGGUUCCACAAGCUUUGUCCUCCAUGAUAACACUUCUACAUUUGAACCUUAAUAAAAAUGAAAUUUGUAACAUUCCCGAGACCAUUGUUUACAACAGGCAGCUGAAACGCUUAGAGAUGAGUGGAAACAAAUUAAGUACUUUCUCAGUUUACUUGUGUACGCUUAACAAUCUCAUUUACUUAGAUCUGAGCAGGAAUGAACUUUGUGAAGUCCCACCAAACGUGUCUGAGAUGGAUUCUUUGACUGAUCUUCUUCUCCAGUGUAAUAAGUUUACACGUUUCCCUCCUGAACUCUGCACUUUAAAGAGUCUCAAGAGACUAAACCUUUCGGACAAUGAGAUUCAGUUCUUGCCAGAACAAAUCAGUUGGCUACAAACAUUGAUGGAGCUGGACCUCUCCAACAAUCAUUUUACAGCUUUUCCUGUUGAGGUUUGCUCUGUUCUGUCAUUGGAAACGCUGAAUCUUAAGCAAGAGAAGGGAACAAAGAUGACAGAUAUCCCAGACGAUCUGUGUAAACUGAGAAACCUCAAGAGUCUUGACAUCUCAGAAAAUGAUUUAAAAUUAAUUCCGAACAACAUUGGAGAAAUGAAAAGUCUGACGCAUGUAUCUGCAUCCAACAAUCGGCUCUCUUGCCUUCCUGCAUCCAUAGCUGAUAUGAAGGAUCUGCAACACAUAAACCUGAGCGGUAACAAGCUAACUUCAUUGCCUGGAGACAUCCACCGCCUGAAGAAACUGCAUAUAAUUGAUCUUGAUAAAAAUCCGAUGGGGAGACCUCCACGUCUUGUAUGUGAAGGGAGACAGCUCUAUCCUAUCGGGUGCUACUUACAGGCUACUGACAUCAGGGAAGAAAGGAUUAUGCAGAAGAUUUUUAAGCUAGUUUCAAGCAGUCUUUUUACAGACGAUUUUACAUUUCUGUGCACCAAACUUCAGCUUCGAGGUGAAGAUAGCAAAGCAAUAUUAAAGAACAAAUCUCUGCAACUACCAGACAAGGUCCUGCAUGCGUUGAACCUCUGGAGAACUGUCAGACAGCCUACUAUAAGUCCGGCAGCUGUCUCUGAACAGCUAAUUAGGGUGCUGGUGAUGGCCGACUUACACGAGAUUGCACUAAAAGCCAACAUGCUAAAACUCAAUGCAAAGUCAAUAAAACUGUGAGCUCCAAAAUGUGA